CGAUUUCACUCUUCCCUACAAGCAGAGGCGUGCGGCGGCGGCGGCAUAUGACGGUGGCAUGGGUAUGACGGCUGCGGCAAUAGAUCCAAAUCUGGUUCAAUCUCUUCCUCUAUUUCUAUGUUUCGAUCUGUUCAUAGUCUCGUGCUGCUUGAAGGUUCCGCUGGUUCAAGUUAUUUGUUUGAUUAAUUGAAAGGGUGUAUAUUCGAUUGAUUCGUAGAACAGGAAGGAGCAACAUUUAUUUGAUUCUUUGAAUCAUAAAAAUAAGUUAUUAUGGUUACAUUGAAAAGGUGUGCAUUCAAUGAUAUUAUUAGUUUUCCUGAGCCUAUAGCAUGACAUAUAAUCCUCUGUAAAAUUUUAUUUGACCUGAACGGAACAGCAUAUUUUUUCUUCGAUUUCUCAUGUUAUUGUUGCUUCAUUUUGUUUGUGCUUUUUGGUCAUGUUCUAAUCUAUCUCAUUGACAAUUGAUGAGCUGUUGAAUUCAAGUAAUUAAAAAUAAUUUGAGCUAAAAAUUAAGCAUACGUGGUCCUAUAGAUUUUCGCCAUCAGUGGAUGCAUAGGAGAUCCCAUAAACAAACGGUCUAUAUCGAGAGGGGAAGUACCAUCAGGGGAUGCAAGCAUUCAAGGGCUGUCAGCUGGCCCUAAUCAUUAAUGGGGUUCCAUGUGGCAAGUAAGAAGUAGGGAAGAGGUAUGGCUUUUUUUAAGAUUAUUGGACAGGAAAGAGUAUUACACUCUCUGAAGCACACAGCCAUUAGCAUGGAACUAAGAGCGAGCAAAGCAAAUGCUUGCAGUAGUGAAAGGACAAAGGCGCCCUUAAGUUGCUAGACCUCUAAAACGCCUUAGGCGAUAGGUGCUAGAAAAGCAAACAUCCAGGUGCUAAAAUAAGAAGAAUAUGAUAUAUAUAUAUAUAUAUGUAUGUAUAUAAGGAUAAAUGUAACUUAAAAUACUGCCAUUAUACUCUCUAUAUUUUGAAAUAUAAGAGAAACUAACAUGUGUCUCUUUAUUUUGAUUUAUAAGAAAAACUACAAAUUUCAAGAAGCAUUGAUCACAAGUUUUCUAAAUUGUCUCUCAUAAAGUCAAUGUUUAUUUUCACUAGACAAAUUUGUUUCAUUAAUUACAGGGAUACUUCAGUCCAAAUUUUUUAAUUUCAGACAUGAUUAUUAUACUUAACUAACUUUUUUAAACUGUGUAAAUUGGUUAUUUUCUGUUAUAUUUGAAAAUGGAGGGAGUAUAGAUUAAACUAAAAUAAAUGACUGCCAUACAUUUCUAGCUAAUUUUGAAGUGUGUGCAUCAUAAAGCCUUUGUACACCCUGUUGAAUGGUAUGGGGUUAGGGCUAGUUUGACAGAUAAAUUUUGAAAAAAGAAUGAUAUAUUAAAGUUUGGGUUGGACCAUUCAAGUUGUGUUUUAUUGGUUAUUUCAUGAUUAAGGAGCUCCUUUAGUGAGGUGCCAAGAGGCAAUUUGAGAGGAGCUGAACUCGUUUAGCGUCUUGCCUCAGUGCCUUAGGCGCUAAGGCAAGCCCCUGCGGCUUCUUCCAUGAUCCACAAUGAGCUUCUUUUUUGGCAUCACGCCUCCUGACUUGUCACUGGGGCUAGAUUCAACAGCAAGCUGGUUGUAGAUGCCUAAUUAGAAAUGCUCAAGGAGCAUGGGUGGUUGAGUUCACUUGCUCAUUGGGCGGAUUUUCAAUUGAGGAUGCAGAAGCUUGUGGAGUCUUAGAACGUUUGCAUCUUGCUUGAAUCAGGGGGUUUAGGCUUAGCACAGUAUGAGUGGAGUUAAAGGCCAUACCUUCGGUACAUAUUAUGAAGGCCCCAUGUAACUACUCAACUACAAGAUCAUAUAUAAUUUUCUUUUUUCUGGCUUUGAUUUCUUUUGUCAUGCCACCCUUGUGUCUUCCCUAGCUGAAAUUUCAGUUCUUUAUCUUUUCUUUUUGAGGGAAUUAUAAAAGUUUGAUGCUCUAGGGUGAACUUUUGAAUGAUUUAUAGCUCUGCUAGGUGAUAACUGGUAAGCUGCUCACAAGCUCAUUAUAUAGUAGAUCUAUUCCAAAGUUCAGCUGUGAAUUCACUCUAUCAAUUAGCUCUGAGGCUCCUUCUUAUAUGAUUUUUUGUUUGGUCUUUGUUGCAGUAAUUAUGGAAUCAAAAAAUAGAAGGAAAUCUGUGAAAUCUAAAAGUAAAGAAAUCCCUUCAGCCCCCCCUGGUUUUAGAUCCCUUACUUCUUUCAUGCUAAAAAAGGGCAAUUCUUAAGCAUCGUCCAUGGAUACUUUUCGAUCAUAGCAACUGUGACCCUGAGAAAUCCAACACAGAGGAUUUCCCUCAGGUAUGUUGGGAAAUGAUGCGCGCUUGUCUUUGGGGUGUAUGGCAUAGAGGCAUGGGAUUCUUGAUAUGCUUGUUCCAAUAGUAGUUGUGAAUCAGGGUUUUUCUUCAAACGCUUGUCGUCCAAAAGGGGUUUCUCUUGGUUGUCCAGAUUGUAAUGAUUGUCUGAAGGUAACUGCAAGGUGGUGCCCUGAGGAUGCAAGAAGAGAUGUCCUUGAUGAAGUUCAAAUGUUCCACCCAACAGAAGAGGAAUUUAAAGACACACUUGAAUAUAUUGCAAGCAUACGUUCCAAAGCAGAGCCUUACGGAAUCUGUCGUAUUGUUCCUCCUCCUUCUUGGCAACCACCAUGUCUUCCUGAUGAAAAAAACAUAUGGGAAAACUCUAAAUUUUCUACUAAGAUUCAGCGGAUUGAUGGCCUCCAAGUUCAGUGCCAGCAAGAAGUUAUUGACAACCCUUACAAAAAUGUAGAGACCAAGACCAGAAAAGAGCCGGGAGCAGCUUUGGACUCUCAACCUGGUAAUGAAAACCCCCAUGAUGUUAAAGACUUAGAGUCUAAACCUGGCCCUACCUUCAGUCUCAGUACAUUUAAGAAAUUUGCUGAUGAUUUCAAGGCCAAGUACUUCCACCGUGACAAUAAUGUCAUGGGUUCUGAUGAAAAGUGGGAGCCAUCUGUGGAAAAUGUUGAGGGAGAGUAUGGACGAAUUACUCAAAAUCCAACUGAUGAAAUUGAGGUGGUUUUUGGUAAUGACUUGGGGACUGGAGUUUUAAGCAGUGGAUUUCCAAUGGUGUCUGAUUCUGUGGAGUCGUUAAAUCAUCCUGAAUGUAUGAGAUCUGGAUGGAAUUUAAAUAAUAUGCUUACACAAGCUGGUUCUCUCCUUUCAUUUGAAAGCUCCGAGGUUUCUAGCAAAUUUGCCCCUCAGGUUCACGUUGGAAUGUGCUUUUCUUCAUUCAAUUGGAAAGUGGAAGAGCACCAGUUGUACUCGUUGUGUUACAUGCAUGUGGGAGAGCCUAGAGUUUGGUAUAGCAUUCCGGGAAGAUUUGCUGCUGACUUUGAAACAGUGAGGAAGAAGCAUCUCCCAAUUUUGUUUGCAGAAGAGUCUGAUUUGCUUGACAAUUUGCAGAUGCAGUUAUCCUCCGCCAUAUUGAAGUCAGAGGGUGUACCAGUAUAUCGCUGUGUCCAGUAUCCCCGGGAGUUUGUUCUUGUCUUCCCAGGAGCAUACCAUUCCGGAUUUGAUUGUGGUUUCAAUUUUUCUGAAUCAGUCAGUUUUGCUCCUCUUGAUUGGCUGCUUCAUGGACAGAAAGUUGUAGAGUUAUAUUGUGAACAAAGGCGAAGGACAUCAAUUUCAUACGAUAAGCUGUUGCUUGGGGCAGCAAGGAAAGCUGUUAGGGCACAAUUUGAGAUUGGACUCUGCGGGAUGGGUACCCCAGAUAAUUUAUACUGGAAAGAUGCAUGUGGAAGGGAUGGGAUAUUAACAAAAGCUUUUGAUUUACGGAGAAAGAGUGAAAGUUCAAAGAGGGAAUUUCUUUGCGCUUCUCUGAAGUCACGGAUAAUGGAAAAAGAUUUCGAUGUCACUUGCAAAAGAGAAUGUUGUGUAUGUCUCCGUGACUUGCACUUAUCUGCCAUAAGUUGUCCAUGUUCGACCAACAAAUUUGCAUGUCUUAAUCAUGGAAAGCAGCUGUGUUUUUGCCCUUGGAGUGACAAAUUUAUCCUCUGGCGAUAUGAAAUCAGUGAGUUGAAUACCCUUUGUCUUGCUUUGGAGGGAAAAGCAAGUGUUAUCCACAAAUGGGCUAAAGUCGAUCUUGGAUUAACUGUGCACUCUGUCGCCUCCAAAGCAUCGAAACAGAACCCAGGAAAUGCAAGUGCUUCAUCGUCUACUGCCUUAGCAAGAGUGGCAUUUUUGAAUUCACUGAAACGGAAAAGAGAUGCAGUCGAGCCCAAAGGUUCGGGCACUGAUGGUAUCUCUCCUAGCAUUGAGGCAAAAUUGAAGCCACCGUUACCUGACUCAACAUGUGUAGGUAAAUCGAAGGCAAAACAGAAAAAGGUGGGUCACCAAUCUACAGCAAGACACAAGAGUGGAGUCAAUUCUGCUCCUGCCAUUAAACCUGAUCUCAAGUCGCGCAAGGUUCAGUCAUCAAUUCCAAACUUGGCUGAAAAUGACCCAAAAGUGUCUAGGGAUUUUCUAGGUCUUAGUUUAACGUCAGGUUAUGUGUCACUUCUUCCGGAAAUCAGGUCAUUUGAUGUUUCUUCAGAUAGUUCAGCUUCAUCAUCAGGAUCCGAUGAUGACACUUGACUUGCUGAUAGUAAAAAAAAAAAAAAAAAAUCAUGGAGCAGUGCUGAAAGGGUUUAUACCUGUAAAAGAAUCAUCCAUACAGUGAGUGAUUCGGAUGUUUAGUUGUGUUGGUGCAGUACUGGAUGUGCGAAUGGUGCAUCCAUUCAUGGUUUAGACUUUGAGCUGCAUUUCGGGGCUUCAUGUUAAUCAUGCUCAAGUUUUAAUUCUACCACAAUCACAUUGUUGUAAAGCUUGUAACCCCUCUCGACUUUUGAUUAGACCGCAAUUAGAAAUAGGAAAAUUUAACCUGUUGUGAUUUUCCUA